UCCGUGCUGUGAUUUGAGAGAGAGAGAGAAAGAAGAAUAUCCUAGUCUCCCGGUGGAAGUGAUCGAAGCGGCCGGGCGGCAAGCUUCUUGUUGCAUGCUGCCCAUCGGGCCACGCAUGCGUGCAGUGAUCAGUCACCAGAUAGAUCUGUCGAUGACUACUCGCUCAUACCUGGCAGAGUUAUUAGCAUGCAUGCAUGAAUGCCUGCAACCUGCACUGCAUGUAUAAGAAAGAGCUGCCACUCCACGCCUAAUCUCCCUCACAAGUCACAAAGCUAGCUAGUCUUCUGCAAACCGUAUAAGUCGUCGUAAACGAUACUUACGAGAGAGCUAGCACAAAGUAACUAGUAUCUGAAUGGGCGAGGAGGCGCCCCCAUCGCCGGCGGCGGCGGCGACGACGUUGUACGUCGACGGCUGCCCCGGCUGCGCCAUGGAGCGGAGGUUGGAGAGCAACAAGGGCAUCCCUUACAAGGAGUUAUUCUUCGUCGCCAUCACCUCCAUUGCCACCGCUCUACCAAUAUCAUCCCUGUUUCCCUUCUUAUACUUCAUGAUCGAAGAUCUGCAUGUGGCAAAAAAGGAACAAGAUAUUGGAUUAUAUGCUGGAUUUCUUGGUGCAUCCUACUUUGUUGGUAGAUUUCUUGCCUCGCUCUUUUGGGGCGUUGUGGCAGAUCGUAUCGGGAGAAAGCCAAUUAUUAUAUUUUCCGUCUUCUCAGUGGUCAUAUUUAACACUCUAUUUGGACUAAGUGUAAAGUAUUGGAUGGCAAUUGCCACAAGAUUGCUUCUCGGUGCUCUAAAUGGCAUGCUUGCGCCAAUAAAGGCUUAUUCAAUCGAAGUUUGCCGACCUGAACACCAAGCUCUAGGGUUAUCAAUUGUAAGCACUGGUUGGGGCAUAGGUCUUGUUAUUGGCCCAUCCAUUGGAGGCUACUUUGCACGGCCUGCACAACAAUAUCCAAACCUCUUCUCCGACAAUUCAAUUUUUGGGAGGUUCCCGUACCUCUUGCCAUGCCUUUGUAUUUCACUUUUCAAUCUUGCUGUUCUAGUAAGCUGCAUAUGGUUACCGGAGUCACUACAUAAGCACAAGAACGUAGACAGGGAGGUAGAAAUGUCAGGUGAUUUAAGAACUCCACAGACAGAAGAUGUACAUCCAAAGAAGAGUCUAUAUAAGAACCGGCCAUUGAUGUCUUCAAUCCUUGCAUACUGUGUUUUCACCCUUCACGACACAGCAUACAGUGAGAUAUUUUCCUUAUGGGCUAUAAGUGACAGAAAGUAUGGCGGGCUAAGCUUUUCAUCUAAAGAAGUUGGCCAAGUUCUUGCAAUUGCAGGUGCUGGACUUCUUGCGUAUCAACUAUUCAUCUAUAGAUCAGUCCACAAAUUUCUGGGAUCUGUCAAUUCAUGCCGUGUUGCAUCUGUCCUAUCAAUACCAAUUCUUGCUGCUUAUCCCUUCAUGACACACCUGUCGGGGUUUAAACUUGGAAUAGCUCUUUAUCUCGCUACCAUUGUGAAAGGUGUUCUUGCCAUAACUAUCCUAACAGGCACUUCACUUCUGCAAAAUUACGCUGUGCCACAAAGUCAAAGAGGUGCUGCAAAUGGCAUAUCUGCAACUGCAAUGUCCUUCUUCAAGGCUAUUGGUCCAGCAGGAGCAGGCGCUUUGUUCUCAUGGGCUCAAAAGCGUCAAGAUGCUUCCUUCCUUCCAGGGGAUCAAAUCAUAUUCUUUAUUCUGAAUGUUGUUGAAUUUAUUGGGCUCAUCCUGACCUUCAAGCCGUUCCUAGCACUACCGGAAAAUUAUGAUUUGAAGUAGCUGCUAGAAAAGCAAUGGAAUAAUGGUGAAUUUGCAAAACUGUUUUAGCUCCCAAAAUGAGCAUCUAAGUGCUGUACUUUAGAAUUAUGUAACACCAGAAGUUAUGUUCGUCAAAGAAACACCAGCGACAAUAAUUUGUGUGAUAUAUUUUUGCAUUUUAUAUUAGUCCAGUCCUAAGUUGAGCA